CGCUGAUUUACUUCACAUGCACCCCUAGGCCUAAUCGGCACAUUUUCUGGAAUUGCUGCCACUGCCAGGCUGCCGAUCAAUCAUAUGAUUUGACAGCUGAACAUCUUGAAUGGCACAGCGGGCUUUUGUUCUUUGAUUUUGAGUUCUGUUCUCCCAGUAAUUUCUCAGCUACCAAACACAUCCGAGAAAAAUUUUAAGUCGGAAGCUAAAAGCAGAAAAUUCUUCGUCGUAUAACAAGCUUCAUGUCUAUUCCAUCAGAAUUACCCGCUGAUGAAGACGAAGAAGAACAAGUGGAAGCACAAGAACAUCAGCCACCACCAGCCCAUCACCCUUCUGCUCCCUCCGAUGAGUUAUUUGACAUAUCAACUACAGUUGAUCCUAGUUCUGUAAUAUCUUUAAUACGGAGACUUCUACCACCAGACGUGAGGAAUAGUAGCAUGUCUUAUGGAGUUGAUGCUUUUGAUGUGUCUAUGCAAGGAUCAAGAAUUGAAAGACUGGAAGGUAGUGUGACCACUCUAACCGAAAAUGGAGUUCUGCACUCCCCAAACAACCAAUCGGAAUUGAUGGAGACUGUUGAUAAUUCUGGUGUAUUAGAUAGUUCCGAAGAGAGAAAUGAUUGUUUGAGCCAUCAACAUAAGCAUCAGAGUGGGUUGGUGGGAGAAGCUGCUUGGGAAGAGUAUGGAUGCAUUUUAUGGGAUCUUGCAGCAAGUAAAACUCAUGCCGAGUUGAUGGUGCAAAACGUUAUUCUUGAAGUGCUUUUGGCUAGUCUUAUGGCUUCCCAAUCUAUGCGUGUUACGGAGAUUGGCCUUGGAAUCCUUGGAAACCUUGCUUGCCAUGAAGUUUCCCGGAAACAGAUAGUCUCUAUAGAUGGAUUGGUUGAAACAAUCGUGGAUCAGUUGUUUUUGGUCGAUACCCCAUGCCUCUGUGAAGCUUUCCGGUUGUUAACUUUGUGUCUUCAAGGUAGUGAAGGUAUUACGUGGGCUGAAGCAUUGCAGACAGAGCAUAUUCUAUGCCGUAUUCUAUGGAUUGCAGAAAACACCUUGAAUCUGCAACUGAUAGAAAAGAGUGUUGGUUUACUGUUAGCCAUCUUACAACAUCAGCAGGAAGUAACCACUGUCCUUUUACCACCUUUGAUGAAGUUGGGUCUUCCAAGUCUUUUAAUUAACCUCUUGGCUUUGGAGAUGAGUAAAUUAACCGGUGAACGAGAACCUGAAAGGUACUCUGUUCUUGAUUUGAUUCUUCAGACUAUUGAAGCUCUUAAUGUCAGUGAUAAUUAUUCACAAGAAAUCUGUUUGAAUAUGGAACUAUUUCGAUUACUGAAUGACUUAAUCAAACUUCCUGACAAAAUUGAGGUUGCCGACUCUUGUGUUACUGCUGCAGUUUUAAUAGCAAAUAUUUUGAUUGAUGCAGCUGAUCUCGAUUUAGAGAUAUCACAGGAUUUGUCUUUCUUACAGGGUAUACUUGACAUAUUUCCUUUUGCUUCGGAUGAUAAAGAGGCACAAAGUGCACUUUGGAGCAUUCUUUCAAGACUAUUGGUUCAAGUUCAAGAACGUGAGAUGAGCCCAUCAAGUCUGCAUCAGUAUGUUUCUAUUCUUGUAAACAAAUCAGAGAUGAUCGAAGAACUCCUCUUUGACCAGAUAGAUGACUUCAAUGAAGAAGAUGAGAUCUCCAAUACUUCUGGUGCAAAAGCAACUGCUAGAGCUACUGCUCUGAACAGCAUUUUCAGCAUCCUAAGUGAAUGGACAUCCUUGGAGGAACAUGUCAAGGAAAGGUUUCCUGCAGGGGAAAAUCAUUUAAGUGAAGGAGAUGUUGAUAGAUUGUUGAAUUGCUGCAGUAAAUACACUUUUAAGUAA